UGCUCUCCCUCUCUCUCUCUCUCUCUCUCUCUCAAGCUCCCAUGCUCCCCAAACUACCCAUUAUAGCAAUCUCACUAACAAAGGUUUUAAUUUUUCCAGGGAGAAAAAGGGUUUUUUUUUGGAGAAUUCUUGAGCAGCGAUGGGGAUGUCUGUAGAUAAUAUUCGUGGGUUAUUGUUGGCUCUUUCAUCGAGCGUCUUCAUUGGCUCCAGUUUUAUCAUCAAGAAGAAAGGAUUGAAGAAAGCAGGGGUUUUGGGGGUCAGAGCAGGGUCUGGAGGAUUCUCAUACUUAUAUGAACCUUUGUGGUGGGCUGGAAUGAUCACAAUGAUUGUCGGUGAGGUAGCUAAUUUUGCUGCAUAUGCAUUUGCUCCAGCGAUUCUUGUAACUCCACUUGGAGCUCUUAGUAUUAUUGUGAGCUCAGUGCUAGCACAUUUUUGUUUGAAUGAAAAACUGCAUGUAUUUGGUAUUCUCGGCUGCAUUCUUUGUGUGGUGGGUUCUACAAGCAUUGUAUUGCAUGCACCAAAAGAGAGAGCUAUUGAAUCUGUGAAGCAAAUAUGGUACCUUGCUAUUGAACCAGGUUUCAUUGUUUAUUCUUGUGUGGUUGUUCUUUUGGUUAUCAUUCUCAUUUUCCGCUACGUGCCACGAUAUGGUCAGACUCAUAUGCUUGUGUACAUUGGAAUUUGCUCACUGAUGGGCUCUAUAACGGUUAUGAGUGUGAAAGCAUUGGGGAUUGCCUUAAAGUUAUCAUUUGAAGGAUCAAAUCAAUUUAAAUAUGUCCAGACUUGGUUUUUCAGCUUUGUCGUAGUUAUCUGUUGCCUCACUCAGAUGAACUACUUAAACAAGGCAUUGGAUACCUUUAAUACUGCUGUGAUAUCUCCUGUUUAUUACGUGAUGUUCACUUCCUUCACCAUCUUUGCGAGCGUUAUCAUGUUUAAGGACUGGGCCUCGCAAAAUGCCACACAGAUAGUGUCGGAGUUGUGUGGAUUUGUUACAAUUCUUUCCGGGACUUUCCUUCUUCACAAGACAAAGGAUAUGGGCAACACUGUGACAGGAGAACCAACUGUUCUGAACGAAACAGAAAUGAUAGUGACAACAGAACCAACUGUUCUCCCAAAACGGUGAUUAUAUCGUUCUCGAGUUUCUGCAGUCGAUCAAACAGCCUUCCUGAAAACUUGUCAAAGCAUAUAAUUUUGGUGAUAGAAGCUGAUGUAGAAAAUACUAGAGGGGAAAAGAGUGUUGUUACACUUGAAAUGAUAGUGACAUUCAUAUAAAGAAUAGUCACGGACAGAGAUUUUUUUUCUGGCAGAGAGAGUUCCGACGUUAGGAAACUCGAUGUUCAUAGUUGAGAAGUGUACAAAAAGCAUGUUGAUUACAGUCCAUAGAUCAAAA